GAUGCUCCUGCCGGCCCACUUCCUGAUGCUGCUGCUACUGCCCAUAGGGGCCCCUGGAAUGGGUUUAUCCCACAAGUUCUCCAAAGCCCAGUCCAUCGUCUGCUGCAUCGACACAGCCCUGUCUGAGGCCAAGAAGAGCCAGCUGGAGGAUGCAUCCCUGCUGAGCAAAAGAGUCUUCCCCUACCUGCCCAGCCAAGACCCAUCCUCAGGAGAGGAUGAGAGGAGGGAGGAGGAGGAAAACAAGAAAAAAAGGACCUUCUCUGGCCCUGGGGAUGGCAGUAGAGCUGGAAGCUCCUCGUACAAAUACCUGUCCCAAGCACAACUCAGGGGGAGGAUGUACCAGGACAAGGCCAAGGGUGACCAGCGUACCAAGCUCACUCUGUCCCUUGAUGUCCCCACUAACAUCAUGAACAUCCUCUUCAACAUCGCCAAGGCCAAGAACUUGCGAGCCAAGGCAGCUGCCAAUGCUCAUCUGAUGGCACAGAUUGGACGGAAGAAGUAGAAUCAAGGGCAGCAGGAAGGUGAAUCGAGGCCCAUCAAGGACAAGAACGGAGGUCGGGGGGAUGGGGAGGGUUUGCCCACCCAACCAGUUUGUAUUGUGUGGAUGGUGCAGUUUUAUAGGCUGCCUCGCUGCUCAACCCCUCUGAUCCUUUCCUGCCCCUAGCCCAAAUCCUUCCUCUAUACAAUACACAGAUGUGCAGUGUUGUCCCACCUUCAUGAUUCAAAGCUGUUAAGGUCUCUCCCUAUGCUCUGUGUCUCUUUUCUCCUUCUCCGCACUUCCCCUUGAGAGUCCCAUGGCUGAGAAGAGGACACCCAGUGGUGCUCCUCUCCUCUCCGCACACCAACCCCAGCCAAGAGUGGAAGACAAGGAGACACACUGGUUACCAUCCCACCACCGAAUCCCUUCCCUGCUCUCUUGCUUCCAUUAAAGCCAGUGGCUUCUUGAACCCCUCACUUGUUUCAGUUCUUCUCCCAUCAGCCAGCUGCCUCUAAAACUCUUCUCUCAGAAAGGAAGGCAAAUGAGGGAGAACACAAAAUG